UAAGCCCUUUCUUUACUUAACUAAAAGUCUGCCUCCGAGAAAAAAAAAAACAAGAUAACGGCGACGAUGAACUUCUUCCGAUGUCUGUCACUAUUGGUUGUGAUCUCACUAGUGGGAGGCACAAUCGCUGAGAAAGCUAACUCUUCUGGAGGAAUGGUUUGGGCUACUUCGAGAGACGAGGCGGAGCUGGUUGAAGAUUCCGGUGUGGUCAUCGGAGAACAAGAUCAAAUCGAUGGUGGAUUCUCCUCCCUUGAUGGGAUGUUACACUGGGCUAUAGGUCACUCUGAUCCUGCGGCGUUGAAGGAAGCAGCUAAAGAUGCGCAGAAGAUGUCUAUGGAUGAGUUGCAGAAGCGUCAAGUUGAGUUAAAGGAGCUGGUGGAGAAGCUGAAUAUGCCAUCAGAUGCUAAGUUGAUGCAGAUAGCUGUAUCUGACUUGAACAAUGCUUCUUUGUCUCUGGAAGAUCGUUACCGUGCUUUGCAGGAGCUUUUGAUCCUUGUUGAACCUAUUGAUAAUGCCAAUGAUUUGAGCAAAUCAGGAGGGCUUAAAGUUGUGGCAGGAGAGCUUUAUCACUCUGACUCAGAGGUAAGGAAACUGGCUGCGUGGGUGCUCGGGACGGCCUGUCAAAACAACCCUUUUGUUCAAGCGCAGGUUCUUGAACUUGGGGCUUUAGCAACAUUGAUAAAGUUAGUAAACUCCAGCUCUACCGAAGAAGCUGUGAAAGCACUCUUUGCUGUCUCUGCCUUGAUACGGAACAACGUAGCUGGUCAGGACAUGUUUUAUGCAUCUCAUGGAUACAUUAUGCUUCGGGAUGUAAUGAGCAAUGAGAGCUUGGAUAUUAAACUGAGACGGAAAGCUGUUUUCUUAGUUGGUGAUUUGGCUGAGUUUCAACUACAGAACACUGAGAAAGCUGAACUCCCUAUAUUCAGUGACCGUUUGUUCCUAAAAUCCGUGGUGGAUUUGAUCCUUGUGCUUGAUCUUGAUCUCCAGGAGAAGGCUCUUACAGCAAUCAAUACCCUACUUCAACUUAAAUCCAUAGAGCCUUUGAUUCUCAGAGACUUCUGCGGGUUGGAAGGAGCAUUAGAGAGAAUGAAGCUGCAACUCAAGGAAUCAAUGGCUGAUGAAGACAAGAGAGACUAUGCUGAAGAUGUGGAAAGCCUUCGUGGUGAAGUGGAACUGAUCUUCCGGGCAAAGCUUGGGGCUUUUGUGAACCAUGAUCAGUAAGAAAACAACUCCAUAUGCGUUUGAUUUUUAGUGAGAAAAGAGUUAGUUAUAGGAGUUGUCUACAAAUCUGAAGUGAGUUAGAUAGAUUUAAGAUGUGUAACCUAGGCAGAUCUUCUUGAUCCAUAUUGCAUGCUAUUGUCUCUACUUGAGAGGUUUUAUUCCAGCUCAUCUACAAGUUCCAUAUCAUGUUUGCAAUGAUUAAUGUAUAGUUUUUUAAACUUCCACUAUUUGCUUGAACCAUGGUUUAUGUAAGUGACCGGAGUCGCAGAAAAUUUGGAAUUGUUAUAGCAAUAGCAAACAAGGAAAGAGUCGUAUCAUGAUCUUGAUCUGUUCUGUAGCAAUAGAAAUAUUUCAAGAUUUGUUUAAAUGUAAGUGUUAAAUUAGAGAAGUGAUGAUGCUCUUGAUCUCGGCUGCAACCGCGCCUGCAUAUGCAUACUCUUCAAGAAUCCUCUCAAACAUGUUUCCACGCUUAAACACGGGCAAGAACAGCCACAAACCAGUCACCAUGACAAACCCGAAAAUUAAAACACGACUCACUACUGUUGGGAGUCUCCAUCUUCCGUUGACUUUCUUCUUCAUGGCUAUCUCCACAGUUGUGCAGAACCCGUGUAUAAGAAAGAACCACAUUACCUUCCAGUCCGGCAUCAACCCUCCCAUGUAGAAGAAUAAGAGCUCGUGCAUCAGCCCCGAGACAACAAACGUGGCAAAAACAGCAGUAGCCUGCGACCAGUUCGGGCCCAAGAUAGAGAACAGCUGAACCAUCGGUUCGUAGACAGUAGGCCUUAGGAUUCCGCUGA